AUGGCCCCGAUCACCCACAUCGUCGCAUUCCGCUACAAGCCCACCACCCUCGACUCGGAGAAGCACCUCGUCGCGUCGUCCUUCCUCGCCCUGCAGGACCUGUGCGUCCUCGAGCCGGGCACCGACGAGCGGUACGUCGCCGUCACAGGUGGCGCCAACAACUCGAGCGAGGGCCAGACCAAGGGGUACGAGCACACGUUCGUCCUCACGUUCCGCAACCGCGCCGAGCGCGACUACUACGUCGACCAGGACGAGGCACACCAGCGCUUCAAGGAGCUCGCAGGC